AUGAGCAUGCUCAGGUGGCCUAAAAGCGCAGAGAAAGAGAGCGGCUCUCGAGAUGCUGUAUCAGGAGAAUCGCGUUCAAGACGAUCGCCUAGAGCGAGACCGAAACAACAGCGAUUAUCUGAUGAAUCAGCUGAAAAUAAAAUUAGAAAACAGCAAAGACCAGAGAGACCUCCAACGCAGUCUGCUAAAAUCUCCGUGACUACAACAACGACAAGUGCACAAGAGCGGAUACCAUUUCGAUGCGUGUUACCGAAAGCAGCCAAGCGAGUGCAGGUCAAGGUGUUUGUUGAAGAAACACUCAGAAAAGGAGUCAGAGGCCUUAUUGCCGAAUUCAAGUCGCUGAAACGUGUGAACGAUUUUACAAAGAUGACAGAAUUCGUAGCGCAGAUUCCACAAGGCCGAAACAGAUACAAAGAUGUAGGAUGUUUGGAUAACGAUAGAGUUGUACUUCAUAUCGGACCAGUCUCAUACAUACACGCUAAUUAUGUAACUACUCCGAUGAAUUCGAAAAGAUUUAUUUGCACCCAGGCACCCCUUCCAAAAACCUGCCCAGAAUUUUGGUAUAUGGUGGUACAGGAAAAUUCUACUGCGAUAUGCAUGCUGUGCAACUUUAUUGAACAGAAAACUAAAAAGUGUGCAGAAUACUUUCCAACAGAAGAAGGACCACCACUGGUAUUCGAGGGCAAUGUUAGUGUACAACUGAAGAGACAGUAUCCAUUUCCAUUUCCUUUCGAAACAAAAGUGAAAAUAAUGGUCAGACAACUGGAAGUAAGUGUACCCAACCAGCCUGUUCACACUUGCCUCCAUUACCACUGGAUGGACUGGCCAGAUCGCGGGGUGCCAGAAGCUGAUCUAGCUCCUAUUUCGCUACUGGCAAGACUGAAAGAGUGCACCACACCCAUAAUAGUGCACUGCUCAGCCGGGAUAGGAAGAACUGGAUCCAUUGUUUUGCUAGAGCAUGCAAUGGAGUUACUGCAUCAACCAGCUCCAUUACAGGAUAUAUUCUCAUACCUCAUUGAGUUGCGAAAACAGAGGAACAACAGCAUUCAGACUGAGCAUCAGUACUUGUACAUCCAUCAAGUGUUGUUCAUAUACUUGAAGAAUACAAAGUUUUUGGAUCGCAGUGUUCAACCAUAUUUGGAUGCGUUUACGAAGGAUUACGUUGCUGCUACAAAGGGAUUUUAGAGUUCCUACAAUUCGCUUGUGUAAGAGUCCUCCAAAUUUGCUAUCAUCAACUUGUCUUCUUUCACUAAAGCUUGAUUACAAUACAG